CCGGGCAGUCGCCGUCGCUCGCCGCCCGCCCGCCCGCCCGCGCCGCACGCUCCCGCCGCCCGGCGCCCUCUGCGUCCUGGUCGCCCGGCCGCGCGGCACCCGACGCCGCGAGCCAGUGCACGGGGUGGCCGGCCGCGCUCGGGCGGGCGCCGCGAAGAUGGUCGCCAAGCAGCGGAUCCGGAUGGCCAACGAGAAGCACAGCAAGAACAUCACGCAGCGCGGCAACGUCGCCAAGACCUCGAGGAACGCGCCCGAGGAGAAGGCGUCCGUGGGGCCCUGGCUGCUGGCCCUCUUCAUCUUCGUGGUCUGCGGCUCCGCAAUUUUCCAGAUUAUUCAAAGUAUCAGGAUGGGCAUGUGAAGUGACAGACCCUUAAGAUGUUUCCAUUCUCCUGUGAAUUUUAACUUGAACUCAUUCCUGAUGUUUGAUCCCCUGGUUCAAAACAAUUCAGUAAAGCAUCCUGCCUCAGAAUGACUUUUCCGAUCAUCCUUCCUGUGUCAUUCCAAGGUUUCUUCUCCAGUCAUUCCAAGUUUUCUAGUCCGUACCACAGUGCCUUGCAAAAGCACCACAUGAAUAAAGCAAUAAAAUGUGUUCAGCUACAGUAGUGGACCCUACUUAUUCAGUCAGUAAAGAGUUAAAUUUUUUUAGAUGUGGUUAUUAAAAAAAAAAAAGCAUCCAGUCUAGAGAACUAAAUUAAAGAUGCAUGUAUAGACAGGGUGUGGAAUUUGCUAACUAAACGCGUGAGUGUAGUUAGUGUGAUUUCGGAUUUGGAUUCUCACAGAGCUUCGGAGCAAGGCGAUUUAUUCCUAUUAUCUCUUGAAUUGCAAGCACAGUCUUCCGUAGGGUCAGGUAACUUAACGGUCCGGUAAUAAGGUGCUUUGGAACGGGACAGCUUUGCUGACCGCUUCGUUUUGCCCACAACCGAGCACCUGAAACAUGUUAAAAAAUUUUUGCUUCUAAAUGCCUAAUCAAAGGGGAGAUGCUUCUAGCCACACUCUGUAUUUUAACAAUGUCAUUUCUGUUAUGUGGAUUUUGCAUGAAUGAGAAUACUAACCCAAGAUGCCGUGAGAAAACUGCGGUUGAAUGUUUUUGCAACUCGGUCGCUUCGGGUUUCCCUGAAGUCUACCACGGUGGAAUGAAGUCGGCAGCGGUCCGUGAUGUCAUCGGCUUCACCAGAACAGCUCUCGAUCCCAGGGCUGUAGCCUGCCAGGCCUCGUCAGGACAUAGCAUUGAGUCCAGUGUGUCACGCGACAUCUUAGCAUGCUAAUAGCACUUUUGGUUACCAAAAAAGGCACAUCAACUUAAAAAAGUUACACUUCUUUUGGAAAUGCUAUCCCUAGAUGUAUGGCCGAAAUGCUCUAAGGGUACUAAAUUGAUCCGACUCAUCAGAAGUUCAGUGGAUUUGCUGAGAAGGAUCAGACUCUAGUCUUCCUCUGUCGUGUGAUUCUAUAGGUGAUGGUUGAUUGAUUAAACUUAAUUUGUACUCCUGGUGAGGGUGAGUGUCUGACAAGGCAGGCGCUGAGUUUCCUGGUACUGUUGAAAAGGACAAGUGUUGGCUGUCUAGAUCCUUUGCCAUGACUUGAAGUUUCGCGAGGGGUCUCGGGAUUCGUGAGUUGCUCGGAAAGCUGCUUCUUUGCUUUGAUGAUUGCCUCAGGAUACCUGUUUUAAAAUAAGCUGUUGUAAGAGGAUCAGAAGGGAAAUUGGCUACCUGGUUCAUACACAGUACAGACCUCUGCGAGAGCUUCCAGCGCUCCCUGGCAUGGGGGGUGAGGGAGAGAAGUAAGGACUUUCUGGAACCUGAUCUCUUUGGAGUCAGAGGGGUCAGCGGUCCUCGGGCCAGUAGGCUUUUACCUGCAUUGCUACCUGCCUGUCCCACCCGGGAACUCAACCCCGUGUUUCCCUCCUUCAAACAAAUGUGUUGCUGAACUGAAUCUAUUUUAUUUUGACUUUUAAAAUGAAAGUUAACUGUCUGAAAUUCAUAGCAGGUGCCUUAUUCUUUGCUUUUCAGUCGAAUCAUUCCAUAUCAGUUUCCCUUGAUUUACUAGAGAUAAUUAGCUUUAAAAAAAAGUAUGAUGUCUUUAUUAACUUGAAUGUUAAAGUUGCAUUCCCUUUGUAAUUCAUGUGUAAUUUACCAAUUGAAUGCAUUUUAUAUUAAGAAUGGAUUCUGGAUUAUGCAUGUUUGGGUCAAUGAAAGCUGUGUCUGAUUUAUCCUUUAAAAAUAAAGUUCCCUGAAUAUUUGCUAUA